AUGAUGGGCUGGAUUGACCGGGUGGUGCCCCAGCCCCCGGUGCCCCACGUGGCAGAGGAGACCCCUGUGCAGCCAGCCAAGGCACCGACAGGAAAGGCUGCUGGCCCCACAGAGGCUGCUGAGCGGGCACGUGCUGCUAUUGAACAAACAGAAAAGAAAGUGACCUUUGUGGCUUCUGAGGACUCGAGUUCUGUGUUUGACAGUGUGGGGAGCAGUGUGCUCUCCUGGCUCUCCCAUGGGCUGGAGAAGGUCAUUCCCCAGCCAGCCCCAGCCCCAGGGCUGCAGGCGCUCGGGAAGAGCUUCGAGACAAGCAUCGACAUUGCUGAUGAGACAGAGGUCCAGGUCAUUGGGGACGAGGAUGACGAUGGUCUGGAGAUAACUCCCUUCGAUGCCGAGGAGGACGUGUCCGAGGGGGAGCCGGAGAGCGCCCCGGAGCAGUGGGCAGGACAACGGGUGCUCAGCUGGCUCUCACAGGGCUUCGAGAGGAUUCUGCCGCAGCCAGAGGGGAUGAAAAAGCCGGAGACAGAGCUGAAGGAGAAGAGCGAAGGCACGGUGGAAGGCACAGAAGGGACUAAAACCCAGGUGAAGUCGAAAUCCAGCGCUCCGAGCGCUCCGAGCGCCGCGACGGCAGCGAAGGCAGCGGCGGCCCAGGGCCGGCCGGAGCCGGGGGCUGCCCUGAGCCCUCAGCCCGGGGCUGGGGAUGGCACCAGGAUGUUCAGCUGGUUUGUCCAGGGGCUGGAGAAGGUGAUGCCACAGCCGGUGACCAGGGAGAAGCAGGACACACAGGGAGUGGCCACAGCAACCUCAAGUCCUGUGGAGCAAAUUCAUGCAGCCCCUGGGGAGCAGGAGGAAACCCAUCUCAUCCUGGAAGAGAUGGAGGAUGGCCAGAUGAAUGAAGAGAUGAGAGCCUGGGCUCACGAGGCUGAGCUGCAGGCAGAUGCUCAUUCCCUUCCCACCAUACAGGAGGAGCCUCAGGAAGAAGAAUCCAGUUUUGGUGAGGGCAGGCAGUGCAGGGCCAUGGGAGCAAUGCUCUCAGAGCCCUGCAGAGGACAGGAGAAGAAGAAAGAGGAAAAGAAGAAAGAGGAAGAUAAGAAAGAGGAGGAGCAGGAGGAGAGUGCAGAACCCCUGCUGCAGCCUCCUUGUCCCCCUGCUGAUGAGGGUGUGGAUGAAGCCUGCCUUGCCCAGGAGGCCCCCAGGGCUGAGCAGCUGGAGGAAGUUGAGAUAAGUAAUCUGCAAGGUGCCCCUGUGCAGGUGGAAGAGGAGCCAGCUGAAGCUGCUGAAACAGAUGCUGAAGGUCAUCCCCCCACCGUGGAGAUCAAGGAUGUGGACAGCCCAGAGCGUGCUGUGGAGAUCCACGGCACCUAUGGAGAGCUGCCUGCUGCCGGCGCUCCCAACCUGCUGGCCGUGCCCGGCGCUGCAUCCCCCAGGUACCCCAAGAGGCAGCGACUGCUCCCAGAGGAUGCUCUGGACAAGGGGCUGGUGAGCCAAUCCCCCAGCCAAGGGCUGGGCUGGGACCAGGAGCAGAAGGAAAGCCUCCCUGAGCGCAUCGGCUCGGCCUCGAGCCUGAGCAGUGCCAUCAUCAACACCCGGCUCCAGGAGCUGGUGAGGCUCUUCAAAGAGAGGACUGAGAAGGUGAAGGAGAAGCUGAUUGACUCUGAUGUCACCUCAGAUGAUGAGAGCCCCGUGGCAUCUCCCAGCAAGCCAGCACCUGCAGCAGCAGCAGUGCCUGCCCCAGGAGGGCAGCUGGAGGGGGACAAACCCUUGGGGGAUGACCACUACUGUGAGAUGCUGUGCUGCACGUUCAAGCGCCGGCCCUGGCUGGAGCGCCUGAAGAGUUACCAGUUCCCCAGCAGCAUUGACCCCCUGACCAAUCUGAUGUACGUGCUGUGGCUGUUCUUCGUGGUCAUGGCCUGGAACUGGAACUGCUGGCUGAUCCCUGUCCGCUGGGCCUUCCCCUACCAGACCCCAGCCAACAUCCACUACUGGCUGCUGGUGGAUUACCUCUGUGACCUCAUUUACCUGCUGGACAUCCUCAUCUUCCAGACCCGGCUGCAGUUUGUGCAGGGGGGAGACAUCAUUACUGACAAAAAGGCCAUGAAAGAGAACUACCUGCGGUCGCAGCGCUUCAAGAUGGACGUGCUGUGCCUGCUGCCCCUGGAUUUCUUCUACUUCAAAGUGGGUGUGAACCCCCUGCUGCGCUUCCCUCGCUGUCUGAAGUACAUGGCCUUCUUCGAGUUCAACAACCGCCUGGAGGCCAUCCUGACCAAGGCAUACAUCUACAGAGUGAUUCGCACCACUGCCUACUUGCUGUACAGCCUGCAUGUGAACUCCUGCCUCUACUACUGGGCCUCAGCCUACGAAGGACUGGGCUCCACCACCUGGGUCUAUGAUGGGGAAGGAAACAGCUACAUCCGCUGUUACUACUGGGCAGUGAAAACCCUCAUCACCAUCGGGGGCCUGCCAGACCCCAAGACCCUGUUUGAGAUCGUCUUCCAGCUGCUGAACUACUUCACAGGGGUCUUUGCUUUCUCUGUCAUGAUAGGGCAGAUGAGAGACGUGGUUGGUGCUGCUACUGCAGGACAAACGUACUAUCGGAGCUGCAUGGACAGCACCAUUAAAUACAUGAACUUCUACAGGAUCCCCAGAGCAGUGCAGAACAGGGUGAAGACCUGGUACGAGUACACAUGGCACUCCCAAGGCAUGCUAGAUGAGUCAGAGCUGCUGGUGCAGCUGCCAGACAAGAUGAGGCUGGACAUCGCCAUCGACGUGAACUACAACAUCGUGAGCAAAGUGGCCCUUUUCCAGGGCUGUGACAGACAGAUGAUCUUUGACAUGCUGAAGCGGCUCAGAUCAGUGGUGUACCUGCCCAACGACUACGUGUGCAAGAAGGGGGAGAUAGGCCGGGAGAUGUACAUCAUCCAGGCGGGACAGGUGCAGGUGCUGGGGGGACCCGACGGCAAAUCCGUGCUGGUGACUCUGAAAGCUGGAUCUGUCUUUGGGGAAAUCAGCCUGCUGGCAGCAGGAGGGGGAAAUCGCCGCACAGCAAACGUCGUGGCCCACGGCUUCGCCAACCUUUUUAUUUUGGAGAAGAAAGACUUGAACGAGAUUUUGGUGCAUUACCCGGAGUCUCAGAAGCUGCUGCGCAAGAAAGCCAAGAAAAUGCUGAGAAGCAACAACAAACCCAAAGAUGAGAAGGGAGGCCCCGGAGAUGCGCUGGUCAUCCCCCCGAAAGCUGAGACCCCAAAGCUGUUCAGGGCUGCCCUGGCGGCCACGGGGAGGAUGGGGGGCAAGGGGCCCCUGGGGCGGCUCCGCUGGAGGCUGCAGGAGCUGCAGGAGCUGCAGGCGAUGCAGGAGGCGCAGGGUUCCAGCGUCAGCCCAACCCCACCGAAAUCACCAGUGCACCAGAGAUCUCCUGUCACAUCCCGCAGAGCACAAACCCGCCUGGGAGAAGAAAUAUCCUCAGAAUCUCCUGAUCAUUCAGUCACCAUUCGUGUGAUUUCCACAGCAAAAGAAGAUGAGGAAAUCCUUGCUGCUGAGAUUUCAGAGAAAGAUGAAAAAAAAGAAGAGCAAUGA